CACCAAAGAGUGGUUAUGUCUAUAAGAAACUAUAAAGCAAAACUUUUUAUAUAGCUAAUAAGUCUAAACUCUAUUUAGCAUAUCAAAGUCUGUCUCUACUACUCUGCUAUGGACUAGCAGAAGGUUUGUGAUUAAUCUAGAAAAAUCAAGAGAACAUGGCAGAGAGUGCCGUGAAUUUUCUUCUGCAAAGGCUUGGGCCUGUAUUUGAGAAUAAGGUGAAUUUGCUCGCUGGGGUUGAAGCAGAAGCAGGGUAUCUGAAAGGACAGUUGGAGCUCAUAGCAGCCUUCUUAAAGGUUGCAGAUGCAUUAGAAGAGGGUGGUGAUGAAGAACUCAAAGUUUGGGUUAAGCAAGUCAGAGAAGUUGCUCAUGAAACUACAGAUCUUCUUGAUGAAUUGGAACUUCUUGUCCAGGCGCGUAAUCACGCAAACAGAUUCUCUUUUUCUCUACGCGUCAGGAACAUGAAAGCUCGUUAUCGGAUUGCUCAUGAGUUGAAAAACAUCAACUCUCGCAUGACGACUAUUUUUUCAAUUCAUAAGAAAUUCCUCACAAAACUUGACACUUCUUCCGAGGCUUCAAGUUCCAUUCAUACAGGUAAAGCAUGGCAUGAUCAACGAGGGGAUGCUCUUCUCCUGGACAACACUGAUCUAGUGGGCAUAGACAGGCCUAAGCUAAAGUUGAUUGGGUGGUUGAUUAAAAGUUGUCCAGGGCGCAAGGUAAUUUCCGUUACUGGAAUGGGAGGGAUGGGAAAAACGACGUUAGUGAAGAAAGUAUAUGAUGAUCCAGAGGUGAUAAAGCACUUCAAAACAUGUGCUUGGGUUACUGUUUCCCAAUCUUGUGAAAUUGUGGAGCUGCUCAGAGACUUGGCCCAAAAACUUUUUUCUGAAAUGAGGCGAAAAGUUCCAGAAGGCUUGGAAAUUAUGAAUAGUGACAAGUUGAAGAUGAUUAUCAAAGAGUUGUUGCAGAGAAGGAGGUACCUGGUUGUAUUUGAUGAUGUGUGGCGUAUGCAUGAAUGGGAAUCUGUCAAAUAUGCACUUCCAAAAAAUAAUUGUGGCAGCAGGAUCAUGAUGACCACACGCAAAUCUGACUUGGCCUUAAAUGCCUGUAUAGAAUCCAAAGGUAAGGUGUAUAACUUACAACCCUUGAAAGAAGAUGAAGCAUGGGAUCUAUUUUGUAGAAAGACCUUCCAAGGUCACUCAUGUCCCUCAUAUUUAAUUGAAAUAUGUAGUUAUAUCUUAAGAAAAUGUGAGGGUCUUCCCCUUGCGAUUGUAGCAAUCAGUGGUGUCCUUGCUACAAAAGACAAGCGGAGGAUAGAUGAAUGGGACAUGAUUUUCCAUAGUCUUGGAGCUGAAAUUCAAGUCAAUGGCAAACUUGAUAAUCUGAAAACAGUACUCUGCCUCAGCUUUAAUGAUUUGCCUUACUAUUUAAAGUACUGUUUCUUGUAUUUAAGCAUGUUUCCUAAGGACUAUCUGAUUCAGCGUAUGAGGUUGAUUCGGUUAUGGAUAGCAGAAGGUUUUAUUGAAUCCAAAGAAGGAAAAACAAGGGAAGAUGUUGCAGAGGAUUUCCUCAAGGAGCUCCUAAACAGAAACUUAUUGCGAGUAGCAGAGAAAACAUCUGAUGGAAGAGUCAAAACGUUGAGAAUCCAUGAUCUUCUGAGGGAGAUUAUCAUUUUGAAAUCCAAGGACCAAAACUUUGCAACAAUAGUCAAAGAACAAAAUGUGGCGUCACUUGAAAAGAUUCGGCGCCUUGCGCUGCACGGCACACUACCAAAUCCAAAUGGACAACAGCAUAGAUCUGUUUCUCAACUCCGUUCUCUCUUAAUGUUCGGAGUGGCUGAAAGUUUAUCCCUUGGAAAACUGUUCCCAGGUGGAUUCAAACUCCUGAAUGUUUUAGAUUAUCAAGAUUCACCCUUGAAGAAGUUUCCAGUAGCAGUUAUUGACUUAUAUCAUUUAACAUAUCUGAGCUUGAAAAACACACAGGUAAAAAUGCUCCCAAACUGUGUCCUAGGGAAGUUGCAAAACCUAGAAACACUUGAUCUUAAGAAUACUUGUGUUACAGAAUUGCCUGCAGAUAUAGUAAAGCUUAAAAAGCUUCGCCAUCUCCUUGUAUAUCGGUCUAAAGUAGAUGGUUAUGCACAAUUCCACUCCAAAUAUGGUUUCAAAGCCCCUCUAGAAAUAGGAAAUUUACAGUCACUACAAAAGCUUUGUUUUAUAGAGGCAAACCAAGGUUGUGGCUCAAUAAUAAGACAGUUAAAGGAGCUAAGUCAAUUAAGAAGGUUAGGCAUCAUGAGACUCAGAGAGGAAGAUGGGAACGACUUCUGCUUCUGUAUUGAAAAAUUGACUAGUCUUUGUGCCUUAUCUAUUACUUCUGAGGGUGAGAAUAAAGUUAUUGAUUUGGCAUCUCUUUCUACACCGCCUCCAUUUCUUCAAAGAUUGUAUUUGUCAGGGAGACUACAAGAGUUGCCAAGUUGGAUAACUUCUCUUCAUAACCUGGCCAGGAUAUUUCUGAAAUGGAGUUGUUUGAAACAAGAUCCAUUGGUGUAUCUGGAGGAUUUACCAAACCUCGCACAUCUUGAACUGCUUCAAGUUUACGAUGGCGGUGACAACAGGCUGUUGCAUUUCAAGUGUGGGAAAUUCAAUAAGCUUAAGGUUUUAGGCCUUGACAAAUUUGAAGGACUCAAUAAGGUGAUAUUAGGUAAAGAUUCAAUGCCUUGCCUAGAAAAACUGAGCAUUGGACGUUGCGAGUCACUGAAGAAAGUUCCGUCGGGGAUUGAAAACUUGAGUAAACUUAAAGUCCUAGAGUUUUUCGAUAUGCCAGAUGAACUCAUGGAGACAAUAUGCCAACAUGGUCCAGGAAAACAUUACUGGAAAAUAUCACAUAUACCAGAGGUUUAUUCUACCUACUGGAGAGAUGGUGGCUGGGAUGUUUAUGCACUAGACAGUUUCAGAGACUGUUCUCCCCGAUCCGGCACAGUCGUGAGAAGCCUCGAACGCCGGAAUCAGUGGAAGGUUUAGCUAUAAAUUAUGGAAUAACAAAAAUGUGUAGUAGUUUGUGUAUAUUAACAAAGUUAGCUGAGUUGUUUCAUGUAUAUAUCUCAGCAUUUCACAUAAAGGUGUAGGUUUUAAUUCACCUUUGUUUAAAUUUGAUCAUCAGUAUAUAGAAUUAUUCCAAUGUUUUAUAUCUAAA